AUGGCGAUCAAAAGCGGGAAGCUAGACGGGGGAGAAUCUAGCCGAAAGCCUCCAGCAAGAAGGAAGGAUAAUGAGGUCAGUAAUGUGAAGAAAUAUGAUUCUAAUAACAUUACAGUAUCUCGACAACAAGCCACUGUAUCGUCAACAUUAAAUCCUGUCCAGCAAGGGGCGAAAGAACCAAGACAGGAAAGGGAAAGGGUUCAAUUUGACCCUAUCCCCAUGACCUAUAAAGAACUAUUCCAAAUCCUUGAGCAGCCCAAUGUGGCUCAGAACCCACUCCCGAAUCAUGCAGGGACAGGGGUUAAUAUUGUUAUUGAAGAAAAAGGGAACGAAGUCAUUACCAAAGUCAAAGAAGUGAAAUCAUCCAUGCAUUGGGUAUGGGGGCAAAUGGUCAAAAUAGGCUGGUUGACCUUUAAUGCUAACGAAAAUAAGCAUGCUUGCCCCUACCACUAUUGCGAGGAUCAUGUCAUUCAAAAAUGUGAUGAGUUCAAGGCCUUGGUUCAAAGGCUGAUGGAUAGUAAAGAUAUGGAAUUUUACCAUGAAGCUACGAAAGAGAAAGAGAUUGAGAUUUGCGCUUCCGAAGGAACAUCCAAGGGAGUUUACAAUACUAACUGCCCUUUAGUCAUCACACCGAAAGCCCAGACUAUGGAAAGGUUAAUCCCUAAAAUAGUGAUCACGCCUCCGUCGUCUUUUCCUUAUAAGGACAACAAGCAGGUCCCUUUGAGGUAUGGAUGUCAAUUAAAGAAUGUUGAGAGUUCAGAGGCUGCUAAGGAAGAGGUGGAUGAGGUAGGCCAUUUCACCAGAAGUGGGAGAUGUUAUUCUCCCAACCAGACCAGUGAACCCGAGAAAAGGACGACCGUUGAUAAAGGAAAAAGGGUUGAGAUAUUAUUGAAAAAUGAUGAGCCGACAAUUAAUGAGCCUGUAACCGAAAAUGAUGCUGUAGAGUUUUUAAAAUUCUUAAAACAUAGCGAAUAUAACAUUGUUGAACAAUUACACAAAUUUCCAGCUCGUAUCUCAAUCCUAGCUUUACUAUUAAGCUCUGAGGCACAUCGAAACGUCUUGUUGAAAAUCUUGAAUCAGACUUUCGUACCGAAAGAUGUACCAGUGGAAAAAAUAGACCGACUGGUUGUAAAUAUUCAGGCGGAUAACUUCAUCUCUUUCUCUGAUGACGAGAUCCCGUCCGGAAUGAUGGGCAAUCCCAAUGCCCUGCACAUUACCAUCCAAUGCAAGGGACAUGUGUUAUCGCGAGUACUAAUUGACAACGGUUCUGCCUUGAAUGUGAUGCCAUUAGUAACCUUGAAGAAAAUAUCGGUCGAUAGAAAGCCUUGGAUCCACCAGGCAGGAGUCGUUCCAUCUACUCUGCAUCAAAAACUCAAAUUUGUAAUUGAGGGGAGAUUGGUAUGCCUUAAUGCCGAGGAAGAUAUCAUUGCUUCCAUAUCUACUACCGCUUCAUAUGUUGAAGUAGAUGAAGAUGCAGUCGAGUGCUCUUUCAGAGCCCUGGAAUUUAUUAAUGUCACAUUUGUUGCUGAAAGAAAGAAAAUUCCAAAGCCUAGGCUAUCAAACUGUACCAAAAUGGGACUGAAAAAGACCCUGGGAAGAGGAGCCAAGGUUAGAAGAGGGCUAGGGAGUCGCUUACAGGGGAAUAUUAGUCCAGUUUUUCCCGGUUUUAAGCUAGAUCGUUUUGGUCUAGGAUAUCGCCCGACUUUAAAGGAAAAAUUGAAAAAUGUUCAAAAGAGCCAGGAAAAGAGGAGAGUCAGGUUAGCCAGGGAGGAUAUUAAGUGGGAGCCUAUGAUUUUCCCAUCGCUGCGUGACACCUUCAUAUCAAGGGGCCACAUGUUUCAGGGGGACUGA